AUGUGCCACAACACCAACAACUGGAUGGACGUUUUGCCUACGGUUCUUCUCGGCCUCCAAACAAGUUUCAAAGAAGACAUAAAAGCAACGGCAGCUGAGCUCGUGUACGGACAAACACUACAAAUCCCAAGCGAAUUCUUCAUGAAUGAGGAUCAAUCCAAGAGCCCUCACCACUCCGUAAAAAGGCUUCGUCAGCAUAUACGCAAAAUCAGGCCAGUCCCAUCGGCUCAUCAUUGUAAAAAAAAGCGCACAAAACAUUGUACACAUGUCUUCAGAGUGGAUGCAGUCAGAAAACCUUUAGAGCAAUCAUACGAAGGCCCUUAUGAAGUGCUAGAUCGACCAUCAGAUAACGUAUUCUUAGUAAACGUAAAAGGGCAACACACAUAUAUUGCAACGGAGAGAAUAAAGCCAGCCUUCUUCGAAUUGCUCAUCCCAGAAUCGAACAGUGCCAUCUCAAACCAAAAUUUGGAAACAACAGAAACCAGUACUCUAUCUACAUCAGCCGAACCCAACCCAGGACGCAAGAAACACAUCAAGAGGCCUAUUCUCCAAAAAUAUUGCAUACGAAAAUACUGGGAAACUCUAUAA